AUUUUUAAUUGGUAUCUCGAAAUAAAAAAAGCACAAUAGGUAUAUGUAUAUGAUGAAUGGUUGAUACGCUAAACAUACGUAUUCUACAGUGAACGUCAUGAUCGAAAUGAACGGUUGUUACGCAAACCGCGUUCAAAAAAAAAAUACGCGUUGUGGAGAAGAUCAAAGAAACUCACCGUGCAGAGCUUAGUAUAAUUUAGUAUAAUUAGAUAGAUAGAUAGAUUAGAUAACGCACAUUACGCUCAACACGGUUGGUUUUCAUCGACGCAAACGACGCAAUCUUGUAACGUUCAUUGCGUUCGAAUACGUCGAUUGCGGAGGCAAAAAUAUUUCGGUAAUAGCCGAAAAUUCUGCGGAUCACCGCAAUAUUUUACUGCACACAGACGCCUAUGAAAAGGGAGGGAAAAAAUAAAAACAAAACAAAACACGAUUGAAUGAUAAAAAAAUUUCCGAUCUUAUCACUAACACGUUACAUUAUGGAUUUUCAUUUUCCAUCUGCUGAAUUUGAAUAAAAUAUACUUCACUCACUGAGUAAUUAAUUGUGUCGCGAGUAGUAUUUAUUUUACAGACAAAUGUCGGCUGAAAUUAAAGCUAUUCAAAGAAAUAUCGUGCACAGAAUAUGUUCCGGCCAGGUCGUGUUAAAUUUAGCCACAGCCAUCAAAGAACUGGUCGAAAACAGCUUGGAUGCGGGUGCUACAAUAAUCGACGUACGUCUGAAAGAAUACGGUAGCGAACUAAUAGAGGUAGUCGAUAAUGGGACUGGAAUUCACCCUAAUAAUUUCCAAGCUCUUACGCUGAAGCACCAUACAUCGAAGCUGAACGAUUUCUCGGAUCUCGUUAAUGUGGAAACUUUUGGCUUCAGGGGAGAAGCGCUGAGUUCUUUAUGCGCCGUCAGCGAUGUAAUGGUGACUACUAGACACGAAAGUGAAAAGCACGGUUCUAAGUUGAUAUUUGAUAAUUUGGGAGCAUUACAGUCUAGCGAACCUUGUGCGAGACAGGUCGGUACGACGAUUUCCUUGGGCAAUAUUUUUUCAUCCUUACCAGUGCGUCAAAAAGAAUUUCAUCGUAAUCUAAAAAAAGAAUUCCAUAAGGCAGUUCAAAUACUAUCGGCGUAUUGUCUGAUAUCUGCUAACGUCAAGAUCACGUGCGUAAAUCGAACAAAAAAAGGCGGUAAUCAGACGUUUUUAUCGACCCAAGAAAAUAAGACGAUUCGGGAUAAUAUCUCUUGCGUUUUCGGAUCCAAACAAUUGUCGACUUUGCUAGAGAUGGUGAACAAAACACCGAGUGAAGAAAUUCUAUCGGAAUUUAGCGUUAAAAGUGGAAGCGACGAUUCCGACUCGUUCACUCUUCACGGAUAUAUUUCAAGUUGCGAACACGGUGUUGGUAGAAGUAGCGCGGAUCGACAGUUCUAUUACAUCAAUGGUCGACCGUGCGAACCGUCCAAGGUAAUCAAAUUGGUCAACGAAGUAUAUCAUCAAUACAAUCAACAUCAGUUUCCAUUCGUACUUAUGAAUAUCGUAGUUUCCAAACAUAUGGUCGACGUAAACGUGACACCCGAUAAACGACUGCUUUUUCUGCAAAACGAGAAUCGUCUUUUUGCCUGCGUGAAAAGCACCUUGAUCGGAUUGUUUGAGAAUAUCCCUUCUUCUUAUAAAAUGAACAACCCGUUGUGCGGGUUACCACCGAGUAAUGUCGCUGCUCGAGAACGUCCAACGUUCGCUCUCUCUACAUUGGAUAAAUGGAGACAUGCCAACGAUAAAGGCGGCGAUGCGAACGAAAGAAAACGUUCUAACGACGAAUCGGAACGUAAAAUAGUUUGUAAACAAAUGAAAUUGGAUUUUGGCGAAAAAUCUCGCACCAGUGGCAACCCCGACGUGAAUAUUGAACCUACCCGUGCUGAUUCUUCGACGAUUACUCGCAGUUUUAACCAAGUUCCAGAAGCUGAGACUCGUGUAGCGCGAGAAAGUUGUCGUGAUUCGUUGAAUUUGAAUGCGGCGCAAGAACCGCGUUCUAUAAAACACGUGGCAGAUCGUGCUGUCGUGCUCGAAAUGACGGAAAAUGUCGCUGCGAUUACAUCCGCUGAAUUAUCGUUCUCCGGUAAUAAUUCUGAAAAUGAAAUACUAGACGACGAACUUCCUUCAGCUGAAUUAUCUCAAUCCGGUAGUACUGAAAAUGAAACACCUGACGACGAACUUCGUUCAACCGAGGACGAUUCAAACAUUUCUAUAAAUUGCGAAAAUGAUCAAGUGCCAGAUAGUUGUCGCAGCGUUGAAAACGAAUCAAUCUCCGCCAGUGUAGAUGUCGAAUGUGAUCAGCAACGAAUUAUCGAACAACGAAAUACCCGCGGUAAAAGUGUGUCUUUGAGGACCUCUUUGCACGAUAUUCGUCGUUUUCUCAAGCAAAGCGCGAUAAAUCGGAAUCGAAAUCGAAAUGACGAAAUAUCGAAUAGAUUUCACGCGGAGAUCGACCCAAACAAAAACAAACUCGCCGAAGAAGAGCUGAGUAAAGCCAUUUCCAAGGAAAUGUUCUCGGAGAUGAAGAUUAUCGGUCAGUUUAAUAAGGGAUUCAUCAUCACCAAACUGGAAAAUGAUUUAUUCAUUAUCGACCAACACGCUACCGAUGAAAAAUACAAUUUCGAAACGCUCCAACGCACCACAUCGUUAAAUUGCCAAAAACUCGUGAUUCCUCAAGAUUUAGAUUUGACUGUAACAAACGAAUGUUUACUAAUUGACAAUAUUGAAGUUUUUCGAAAGAACGGAUUCGAAUUUCUCAUCGAUUCUACAGCCGAAGCUACCAAAAGAGUAAAAUUAGUAUCAAUUCCGAUGAGUCAGAAUUGGAAAUUCGGGAAAGAAGAUAUUGACGAAAUGUUGUUCAUGCUACAAGACGCUCCGCAUUCAACGUGCAGACCAUCUAGAAUUAGAGCGAUGUUUGCGUCGCGCGCCUGCCGUAAAUCCGUUAUGAUAGGAACGCCAUUAAGCGGUACGGAUAUGAAACGAUUGGUCGCUCAUAUGAGUGAAAUUGAGCAUCCUUGGAAUUGCCCCCAUGGAAGACCAACGAUGAGACAUCUGAUCAAUUUAUCAUUGCUUGGCUGACGAUGAAAGGAUUCUUCGGGUUUUUGUGUUCAUCUGAUUUUAGCCUGCUGUAUUUUGUAGGUAGGUACCUACAUGUCGUAUCCCAGUGAACGAAGAAACUGCAUAGUAUUCGAAGCUGCCAAGUUCGUUGCAACACAUCUUGUAUUUACCAAUUCAACCAGCUUCAAUCUACGUAACUCGUAACUAUAGCGAUAUUAUACAGUGGUUGGUAAUGAUAAAAUAGGAAUUGUAUCUUUUUGAGUUUUCCCAAUUGCAGGCUAUAUUUGUUGUUGUUGUGCGAGUUGUUCGUUGCAACACAUCUUGUAUUUACCAAUUCAACCAGAUUCAAUCUACGUAACUCGUAACUAUAGCGAUAUUAUACAGUGGUUGGUAAUGGUAAAAUAGGAAUUGUAUCUUUUUGAGUUUUCCCAAUUGCAGGCUACAUUUGUUGUUGUGCGAGUUGAGCGAAGUAAAGUGUCAAAUACCAGUACCUACGGAGUAGGUAGGUACUUGGGAAUUCGCACGACUAUUGAAAAUAAACGUUGUGAUUUAUCUGUGUA